AUGAGGGUCUUCAUUGCCUUCGAUGGUUCCUGUGAGCCUUUUGACGUCUCUCCUGACCAGACCGUGGGGAGCGUAAAACUGAUGGUCAAGGUAAUUAAACCUCUAAUGUUGAGCCCUCUCACUCUGAUUGUAUGGGACACUCAAUUACGGCUCCUUGUGUUUCCAAUCUUCUUCCUCUGGCAGGAUUACUUCCACGUGCAACUGUCAGACGACAAGCAGGUGAGGCACUUCCUGGAGCUGAGCUAUGCUGGUGCCAUCCUUCGGGACAGCUGGGUCCUGACAGACGUUGGCAUCACCCCUAGCAGUGCCAUCUGCUGCCUGCUGAAGCGGGAGCCGGUGGUGCGUGUGUUCAGUGCCGUGACGGGGGAGACCCUCUCAGUCUUGGGCACUGUGUUUCUCCUGAGUACGUCUGUGGCCAGGCUCAUGACCCUGGUGUCCCAGCAGUGUGGGCUUCCCGUCAGCUCCUUCAGACUGAGCUCUCCCACCGGCCUGCAACUCUACGACUGCAACCGGCUGCACGACUACGCCAUUGACCUGGGGGCUACUCUACGGUUGGACACCUGGGAUGGGUGGGCGGAGUUCCUCAGAGGCUGCUUCCUGGGACACAGACUGACCGUCCAACGACACCUGUCUAGGGAGAGACCUGUGAUGAGGUUCCAGCUCCGGGUGGCACUCUACAUCGCUGCUUCUCUGGGCCACCUGGACCUGGCCGGCUGGCUGCUGGAGAGGGGGGUGCGUGUCAUUGAGCCGGUGGGGGUUCACCCUUACCGUGAGUGGUGCCACCAGACGGCCCACCCCGACGUCGCCAAGUGUCCCGCUGUCGCCUCCAUCGAGCGCGGCCAGCUCACCAUCCUCAAACUCUUUAUCGCCAGCAGCGUUCUGACCCUUGCCUGUCGGGAUCCCCAGGGUCGUGAUCCCCUGAGGAUCACCCUCCAGUAUGGCCACAGGGAGUGUGUGCAUCACCUGGCCACCAAGCUGUGCUCUGUGGUGGUCCUCCCAGGUAUGGCCCUGCCCAUGCGGACAUACCUCCAGAUAAAGGGCUGGGUGAGGCUGGGGCAGAGGAGGGCAGCAUCCAGGCACUGCAUGGGCCUCAACAGGGCUCCGUUCAGGACCAGGGUGGGCGACACGGUCCUGGUGGACGGCUUCACCCUCCCCAAGAUGUCCUCCAAGCCCAGGAGGAGUGAGGCCAAGGCGGGUAUCAGGGUGAUGUCCACAGCCUCUCGACGUUUGAUCCCCAUCAACUGCCCAUCUCAUGUAUCCUGCCCGCUCCGCGCCCUGGCAUCCCAGGAUAAACCUCUUCAACUACCGAAGCUCCACCCUGUGGCCACGAGGGAUGAAAGAGAGAAGAAGAGGGGAUGUGGAGGGAAGGGAUGUGAGAAGGAUGAGAGUGGGGAUCAGAACAGCAACCAAUGGAGGAGCAGAGUCCCGCUCCCGCCCAUUUCCAGAGACACCAAUCUCAGACCUGUGUUUGCCUCGCCAAACUCCGCCCAGAUCCUCACCACCUCACUGGAGGCCUUUUCUCUCCACUGCGACCGCACACCCAGAGAAAACGCCAUAUACUGUUUGGCCUUGGCCAGGUUAGUCCAAGUUUAAAUGACAGCUACGGUGAAUAUGAAUAUUUCUCUGGAGGUUUCUUAUGAAAGGUGUGAAUACUGUCAGAAGAAGCCUCCUAUAAUCAGUGGUGGUGGGGGGGGAACACAUGUAAAAGCUGUUUACACACUUUUUAUUUUAUUUUGUUCAAGCAUUUACCCACCUUUUGUGGAAGAUGCAUUGAAAGUAGAGGGAGCGUUACUUCUUUAAUCCUGAACGGCAAUCAGCAUUUACCAGUCAAUGUUUUUACCACUACAUCACUGCCUAUGAUAUACCCUUAUCCUCCCUGAAUAGAUUUCAGUACAAACAAAUCAUGAGCCAACCAUCAUGCUGA